CUGUAGUUCCUCUCUCUGCCUGUAGGGGUCAGUGUUUCUGUAGUUCCUCUCUCUGCCUGUAGGGGUCAGUGUUUCUGUAGUUCCUCUCUCUGCCUGUAGGGGUCAGUGUUUCUGUAGUUCCUCUCUCUGCCUGUAGGGGUCAGUGUUUCUGUAGUUCCUCUCUCUGCCUGUAGGGGUCAGUGUUUCUGUAGUUCCUCUCUCUGCCUGUAGGGGUCAGUGUUUCUGUAGUUCCUCUCUCUGCCUGUAGGGGUCAGUGUUUCUGUAGUUCCUCUCUCUGCCUGUAGGGGUCAGUGUUUCUGUAGUUCCUCUCUCUGCCUGUAGGGGUCAGUGUUUCUGUAGUUCCUCUCUCUGCCUGUAGGGGUCAGUGUUUCACCUUGAAAACUUCCUGCUGUUUAGGCUGAAUGUGCUUGUAAGGAAUAAAUUAAACUUCUGUGGGGAUUUCUUCUCAAGCUGUUCUUCUUCUUCUCUUCUUCAUCACUUCUUUGGCAGCGUCAUCAUUGGUGUUUCCAUGGAAACACUGGCCUCUAUGUGGGAACAUGAGCAUGACCCCUCUGACCUCUGUGACCUCAAUGAGAGCAGAAACAUGUUGUCGUCUUUGUGGGAAUCCAAAUGUGCUUUCACUCCCCCUGCUGGUCUGAUGUGGACACAGCAGCUUUCGCCUCACCUCCAGAGGAACAAACAGCUGCAGGACACGCUGCUGCAGAGGGAGGAGGAGCUGGCCAGGCUGCAGGAGGAGAACAACAAGCUCAGAGGAUUCCUCAGUUCCUCUUUCGUGACGAACCUGCAGGAAAAAGCGAAGAAACUGACAGCAGACAGGAGGAACCUGAAGAGAAACCAGAGCAGCUUCCAUCAUGAACCCUCCGAGGUCAGAGGUCGUCCGUUCUCCAAGCAAAUCACCAAGAGAGUCUGCAGAAACCUGACUCCUGAGUUCUGCUCUGAGUCCUCUGCCGGGUCAGCCUCUCCAGAACCAAACCUGGAUCUCUGGGUGCUGCGAAUGUUGGGCCUGAAGGACCAGAACACCAUUGACAUGUCCAGCGAAUCAGAGUCCAGCUUAAGGGAUCUGGUGUACGGCGACGCCUUCGGUUCCCCGGUGUCCACACCAUCCUCCAUACACAGCUACCGCCAAACCGCCGCAGGGGAGACGGACCACCCGUCUCUCUGCGCCUUUCCUGCCGGGCCAGCACCAACCUGCUCCGGACCUGUAGGAGCCUUGCCUGGCUCUGCGCUGACGGAGAUCUGCUCCACCAGAGGCGUCCAGCCGCUGGAGUCCAGCUGGACUCCAACCGAGCCACUCUGCUUCACCUCCAGGUCGUCUUCCUGCACAGUUCUGAACAAAUCUCAGGCGCCCUCUGGUGGCUGCAGCGCUUCGUCAUCGCAGUCGCUUCACAAACCGACAGAUUUGGCUUUCAGCAUGUCCCUCAGUCCGUCCAGCAGCGUGAAGACACACAGCUUCCCCCAGGGACAGGCCUUCAUCAGGAAGGACACGGGGGGCCGGUGGAACUUCACCUGGGUUCCUCGACAGGAACCGUAACCGACACGAAGGAACCGUAACCAACACGAAGGAACCGUAACCGACCCGAAGGAACCGUAACCAACACGAAGGAACCGUAACCGACCCGAAGGAACCGUAACCAACACGAAGGAACCGUAACCGACCCGAAGGUUCCCCCUGCAGUAAGAGACACCUGCUGUCUAUAAAGUUACUCAAUUAAAACCUAACAGCAAUAAUUUUGAUUAUUUAGUUUUUACAAAAGUAAAAAAUGGGGAUUAAUUUUUCACCGUGGUAAUCAAUUUAUAAAUGUCAGAUUCAAACUAAAAUAUAUGACAGUUUAAUUAUCUCCAAUGUUUAGAAAGUAAAUAUUUAGUUCCCACCCAAAUAUUUAGUGAGCAAACAAACUAUUUAGCUCAAAACUAAAUAUUUAGUUCUUAGCUAGAUAAACAUUUAGUUACCUCAGAGUUAGCUAAAAAUGUCAUUUACAAACUUGCUCACCUCAUAGUUAAAUGUUUAGUUAAUCUGCAAAUUCAAUUCCAGAUAAGUGGAAGUAGACUAUCAAAAUAAAAGUUGGGUCUUCAGAAAUUUGGCUUGAACCAAAUUUGGCUAAAUAUUUAGCUUGCAAAAAAAUUUUUUUUU